AUGACGGCCAUCAGCAAUCACAUGGUUGAAGAUGAUGUCCACAAAGGGGCAAAACCUUACAUCUGGAGAGGCCCGGUGAUUCCAGAGCUGCCUAUCAGCAAUGCUAAAUUCGAGGAAAAGCCACUGAACCUCACCGACGUGAGGACUUUGGCCGAGGAAGACAAGCCUAAAGUUGAUACCCACGGGUUUUGCUUCGUCAGCCAUAAGUCGAAGACGGUCGCAGAUGUCCACAAUGAUAACGACGCAGCGCCAUAUGUGGAGGAGAUGACAGAAUUCCUCAAGAAUUUCCUGGGGGUCGAGACGGUUAUAGGCUUCAAUGCUAGAACCAGAAGUACAAACCCUGAGCACGGGGUCACACCGGUCAGUAUCGAGGCACACAUCGAUACCAACAAGGACAAUGUCUGGGCUACUAUCUCAAGGCCCCUGACUGAAGAUGAGCGGGACCUUGUGCGCAGCGGAAAGUUCAGGGCCAGGGUUUUCAACAUCUGGCGCCCGAGAGUCAACCACUCCGAGGAUUUCCCCCUGGCCGUGUGUGACCCCAACACGUUGAAUUUGCAGCGCGACAUUAUCAUGUUGGACAAUACUACGCCUGAGACCCUAGCUGAGCUUUCAUACGUCCGCUACAGUCCGGAGCACAAGUGGUAUUGGCUGAGCAACCAAACCCCGGACGAGUUCAUUCUGUUCACCCAGACGGACUCGCACCCUCCGAAGGGCCAGUUCAGAGACGACUUCAACCACGUGCCCCACAGCGCAUUCCGCAACGAGGCUACUCGCCCAGGCUGCCCCCAGCGCCAGAGCAUCGAGGCACGCUUCAUCGUUCUAGAGCCUGCCCCGUACAGUCCGCCUGUCCGGGACCCGUCUAACAGACCGCCGCCGGAGACGAGGGCCAUGCCCUACAUUCCGCAUAUCAAGGCGCCUCAUAUGCUGACGACGGAAGGACCAGCCCCGGCUUCGAAGGAGGAUAGGGGAAUCAGGCUGGGCACGUAUGUGGCCAAGAAGGUGGAGCUGAAGAGUGUGCCAGCUGCGAUCAAGGCGAACUAA